AUGGAGUCUCUCUCAACAGCAGUCGCCCCUGCGCCGUGGACGUUACGCGGCGACGCAUGGUGGUUUGUCCUCUCAGUCUUUGGAAAUUCUACAGACAAUAUCGAUGCGAGCCAGUACGCCCCCCUUGAAGCGUCCUCAGCCAAAAUCGCUCAAGAACCGGGAAACUUCAAAGGAGGUGUCUCUCUAGCGAUGGUUCUAAGAUACACCGAAAGCCCAGUUGGUCCUUACGACGAGUUGUUGAUUAUUCCCGGAGCAUUCGAUUCACCCCCCUUUAGUGAUGACAAGGAGAAUCCACGGGUAACGAGGAUUUACGUCUCUACGCUUGCUUCAGUCAUCAACGGGCGGAAGAACUGGAAUACACCAAAGCACCUCGCACGCUUCGAGUUUACAGAGCAGAAAGAUGGGACGCGGGAUGUACGCGUAUACCCCCUGACACCCUCUAGUCCUGGCGACAACGAGACCUAUAGCGCCAAACCCUGUUUCGCAGCUCGUAUCACGCCUUCGUGGUUUGUACCUGCACCAGCGAUACCAUUCCACACAAAGUUUUUGCCAUUUACAGUCGACUUGGUUCAGCCGCCGCUCGAACAAUCAGAGCAUGCUGACAAGGACGGUUUGGUUGGCACAAACGUAUGGCAGAAAAUGUUGCCGAGUUUUUCAGGCAAGAUAAAGCUCGUGCGAAUGGUUGGGUUGCUAGAAGGAGAAAAGUAUGGUGAUGGCGUGGACUUUCCGAAUAUCAGGCCGUGGAAGACUGGGAUUUAUUGGCCCGACGUCACCAUCGAAUUUCCAGAAUCCCAAAAGUGGAAGGACGAGCGACAGUACGGUACAUUUGCCUAA